GUCAGUCAGCCAUAUUUCCGUACAUUCCUUUUAAAAACCUGCAUUCUACGAAAAAUAUGUCCAAAAUCAAGCAAAACAGGAAGCGAAAACACGAAAAAAGCCAAGCGGACGACGUCGAAUUCCAAAUCGACGUCCCCAAAGCGAAAUUCCGCCCGUUCGACGAGCAAGCCCGAAAGGAAGAGGAGCAGCUAUCCCAAAUCCUGUUCGGGGGCCCGUCCAAUUUCCUGCAGUGCUUAGAAGAGGCCGAAAACGAGGCGGGCCCGUCGAAUUCCAACAUCGAUUCGGGCGUCGGCGAGGACGACAGCGAUGAAAACGAAUCCGUAAGAAAACCAGCUUGGACCGAUGAAGAUGACGACGGCAUAGACGUCGGCCAAGCUUUAGACAGCCAAAGACGCAAACUACCUUCAGGGGGAAUCAAUUCUAGGAGCAACAAGUAUUCCAAUUUGCUGAGACACAAAUUCCAAUCGGUUUUAGGCACGCCGAAAUGGGCAUCGUUGGACAAACGCAAACGAACAGAAUCCGACUCAGACGACGAAGUGCUCAGAAGCUGCGGGUUUAUAUCGAAAACGGUAACCUCACAUUUACCCCCUAGCGUGUUAGAAUUCAAGAAAGUCAAAGAUUUGAACUGCGAAACCUACUCCGAAGGCCCAUAUGUAAAUUCCGUCGAGUUCCACCCCAGUUCGAGCGUAGCUCUAGUAGCCGGAAACGGAGCUAUAGCUUCACUGUUCGCUGUAGACGGUAGAAGGAACAACAAACUCCACAGUAUAGCUUUCCAGCAUUACCCCAUACUGUGCGCUAAAUUCCUGCAAAACGGCAACGAAGCUUUGCUUGGCUCGAGGCACUCACACAUGUUCAGCUAUGAUCUAUUGGCUGCAAAACCCAUUAGGUAUAACCUCCCGCAAGGUCUUACGCAGUGCAAGAAUUUCGUAGUGUCCCCCGAUUCGCAAUACGUAGCUAUAGCAGGUAAAUGGGGAGAAGUGCAUUUGUUAGCGGCUGCUUCGAAGGAGAGGAUAACCACUCUCAAACAAGACUCGGAAGUAACUGCUCUAACUUUUAAUCCGAUGGGGGAUCUUCUAUUCGGUCACAGCGAUACAGGAGAAAUCACCGUGUGGGACAUGAAUUCUCUGAGAAUAAAACACAAAUUCAUGGACGAAGGGUGUUUGCAGGGGACGGCUCUUUCGAUUUCGUCCUCGAAUCAAUUCCUGGCGACAGGGUCGGCUCAAGGGGUGGUGAAUUUGUACGGGAUGGAAGACGUGCUCAAGGCGAACAUACCUAAACCUAGGAAGAGUAUUUUAAACUUAACUACGGGCGUUAAGGAUUUGAAGUUCAACGCUUCGUCUGAGCUGCUCGGGUUUUGUUCGGCGGAAAUGCAGAAUUCGGUGAAGUUGUUCCAUUUGGGUUCGGGUACGGUGUUUAGUAAUUUUCCGAAUUUCGAGACGAAAAUGGGCAAUGUUAACGUGUUGAAUUUUUCGCCUAAUAGCGGAUUCGUCGCUUUGGGCAAUAGGAAAUCUGUGGUGGCGUUGUAUCGAUUGAAACAUUACAAGAAUUACUAGUUAAUGUUGAAGCAUUAAAGCGAUCAGGACUUGAUGUUGGAUUGAAUUAAUCUCCAUUUUUUUUUCAAACGCCUCGUUAUGUUUUAGAUGGUUUUUAAAGAGUCCUCUCGAAAUUUCAUUCUCAAUUUUCAUGUAUUUACAUUAAGUAAAAUUACAUUUCUCUU